AUGGUUCGUAUGGAUCCAAGAUUGCUUUGGGUUGCUGAUUCGGGAAAUGUUGAUGCUUUAUAUUCUCUAAUUCAAAAGGAUCCAUAUAUUCUACAGAACAUUGAUGUUUUACCUUUUGUCCACACACCUCUCCAUGAAGCUUCAUUUACCGGGAAGACAGAUUUGGCGAUGGAACUGAUGGUUUUAAAGCCAUCUUUUGCCAAGAAACUAAACGCAUCCGGGUUAAGUCCUUUGCAUCUCGCUGUCGAGAACCGUCAAGUUCAAAUAGCACUAGAACUAGUGAAGAUUGAACCUGAUCUUGUUCGUGUUGCUGGCAGAAAAGGCAUGACACCACUACAUCUUGUAGUAAAAAAUGGCGAUGUCAAUCUUCUCACUGAGUUUCUACUGGCUUGCCCUGAGAGCAUCAAAGACACAAACAUCAAUGGCGAGACUGCUCUACACAUUGCGGUGAUGAAUGAUAGAGAAGAAGAGCUCAAAGUACUCACAGGAUUUAUACAAAGAUUACACAAAAGCGACGCUGCAUCCACUGAGAUUCAUGUCCUGAACAGACGCGAUCGCGAUGGCAACACAACCUUGCAUCUCGCAGCAUAUAAGAAUGAUCACAAGGCAUAUCCACAUUUUAAGUCUCAUAUCUUCUUUUUGACCAUUGAUGCGGUUAAACAGCUAUUGAAAUGCAUAUCGCUGAACCGGAACAUGCAGAACAAAGGUGGUAUGACAGCUCUCGAUAUCUUACGAAACAAUGGAUCUCACAUGAACAUGAAUACAGAGAAAAGGAUAAGAAGAUCGGGAGGUAAGAGCGGAGCUUCUCUAAGAAAAGUUAAGACAGCAUCUGUCUUCUUAAGAUCACCAGUAACUUUCUUUGAAUAUUGCUCCACGUCAAUGGCAAGUUACAAGAACCGUAUGUCAGACGGAACACGAAACGCCCUCCUAGUAAUAACGGCUCUGGUAAUCACAGCUACAUACCAAACAGCAGUCCAACCGCAGGAAAAAGAUGAAACACAUUACGUCGGAAAACUUCUAAUAAAUGCGUUGUUCGUAUGGGGAUUUAAUACUAUAGCAUUUUGCUUGGCUAUUGCGUUGACAUUUAUACUUUUACCAGUUGGUAAAGCAUAUAAUUGGUGGUAUAUUUUCAUUUCAGUCCCUCUCAUCUGCUCUUAUGCGCUUUCAAUGUUCUUGAAGUAUAUGGAUCUCAUUCUAUUCUUCAUCCCCAUAUACUUGAUGGCGUCAUUCAUACUUGGAUUUCUAAUUUAUGUAUUUGUAUUAUACGUGAGAUGGAAAAUGGCUUCACAGAAGAAGGUACCGGAACCCAAAAGCGAGCUAUUUUUUGAAGGCUUCACGACUAUGAUCUAA